AUGGAAGUUGGUGCUCAACGUGAAGCGACACAGCCGAUGCUCGUCGUGCAGGAGGAGACGCCGCCGGUGGUCGGCGUUCGGGCCAAAGAUACAGAACACGAGACAGAGGCGGCGGCAGUGGAACUGGUAGUUACCCAGUCGGAGGUGUUGGCUCCGGAGGGGCGCAUGGACUACGACAAGCUGGUUGACCUGUUUGGGUGCCAGCGCAUCGACGCCGCGCUCGUUCACCGCAUCGCGCGCCUCACAUCCCGCCCGCCGCAUCGCUUCCUUCGGCGCGGAGUCUUCUUCGCCCACCGGGAUUUCAACAGCGUACUGGAUCUCCACGAGGCAGGGGAGAAGUUUUACCUGUUCACGGGGAUGGAACCCUCAUCAGAGGCGUUGCACCUUAGCCAUCUCAUCCCCUUCAUGUUCACAAAGUAUUUGCAGGAUGCUUUCAAGGUGCCCGUAGUGAUACAGCUAUGUGACGAUGCAAGUUUUCUGCGGAACAACAACUUGACUGUUGCUGAAUGCAAAAGGCUUGCCCGUGAAAAUGCAAAAGACAUCAUAGCUUGUGGAUUUGAUAUUCAGAGAACUUUCAUCUUCACAAAUAUCAGUUAUACCAGAGGGGCAUUUUAUGAAAAUAUCCUUGAAGUUGCCAAACGUGUGACAUGUGAGGAUUCUAUUGGGAUAAUUGGAGGUAGUCAAGAAGAUAACAUUGGCAUUGUUGGCUUUCCUCCUGUGGAGGCUGCUCCAUCGCUCCCUUCCUCAUUUCCCCAUCUCUUUCCUCGCAAUGACCAACCGCGGUGUCUUAUACCGUGUGCAAUAUACAGGGAUCCUUUUUUUAGGAUGAUCCGUGAUGUUGCUCCAAAAAUUGGUUUUCAGAAACCUUCACUGAUUGAAUCGAAAAUUUUGCCUGCACUUCAGGGGGAGGAGAGCUCUAAAAUGUCGGCCAGUAACCCAAAUUCUGCAAUAUAUGUGACAGAUAGUCCUAAACAAAUAAAGACAAUGGUGAAUAAAUAUGCUUUCUCAGGUGGCCAGAGCUCUGUGGAGCUUCACAGGAAACUUGGUGCUAACCUUGACGUGGAUGUCCCAAUCAAAUACCUAGAAUUCUUCCUAGAAGACGACGAUGAGUUUGAGCACAUAAAGAAGGAGUACAAGGAUGGAAGGAUGCUGACAGGCGAAGUGAAACAACGCCUCAUUGCCGCCAUAUCUGAGAUGGUUUCUAGACACCAGAGAGCUAGAGCUCAAGUCACUGAGGAGAUGGUUGAUGCAUUCAUGGAAUUAAGGCCUCUUCCAAACAUGUUUGGCUGA